AAAUAAAGUGAUAACCACCAGCAUAAGCCGCCAAGUAAGGUGGGGAAUAGUAGUAGGUCGGCGGCUGCGGAGCAGGGAGCGCAAGGUGCUGUGUCCCGAGAACAUCCGCGCGCACACACAUGUAACCUUAAUGCUCUCAUACAUGCACCGGCUUCCUCCUGGCAGGCGGGUGCAGUAACCUCCGGAUCAUACAGUUACUUCCCAUAGAGAGCAGAGGCCGGGCGGGGUGUGUGUUCCUGUCUGCCGCACACCCGGCAUACGCUCGCCUUCCUGGGUGCGCUCCCGGAAUGAAGCAUGUACAUUACACACAGGCAGCCAGCCUGCACACGUGAAGCCGUGCGGCCCGGGGUGUGCUGUGUCUUCUCUGUAUGAUCUAGCGCAGUAUGUGCCGGGUACAGGGUGCGGGGGAGCCGGCGCUGUGCGGUGCGUGAAGCCGGUGUAGUGAGCAGUGCAGGGUACAGCAUCGGGCAGGCGGGUGGUGCUCUUCUUGCUGCCAUCACAAUGAGAGUUUUCCCGGAUCUGCCUGGGUGCAGGUGGGCGCUGUAUGUCUUUCUCAUCCUCUCCCUGGGACAUGGGCUUUCACCUGAUGCCAGUUCUGCCUCCAACUCUGCUCCCGAGGUGCAUGGAUUCACCCAGGAUUUUAUGGGGUCCCCUGGGGUCACCCCUGACCCGCACCACGCUGGUGACCAUAAGAACCAUUCCAGGCGCAAACUGUUCCCGGUGUUGGACCUGGAUUACGGACACGUCCGCGCCCCCUUUGAGAUCGCUCUUUGGAUUCUCCUGGCGUGCCUGAUGAAGAUGGGUUUCCAUGUGAUUCCUACAGUGUCCAAUGUAGUUCCAGAGAGUUGCCUGCUCAUUGUUGUGGGCCUUCUGGUAGGCGGGCUCAUCAAGGCAGUUGGUGAAACUCCUCCAGUUUUGCGUUCUGAUGUCUUCUUUCUGUACCUCUUGCCCCCUAUUAUCUUGGAUGCUGGAUAUUUCUUACCACUGCGUUCUUUCUCUGAAAACGUGGGAACUAUUCUGAUCUUUGCAGUGGUGGGAACACUAUGGAAUGCUUUCUUCAUAGGCUCCCUGCUGUACGCAGUGUGCCAGAUUGGUGGGGCAGAGCUAACGAAAGUAAGCCUCCUGGACAACUUGCUGUUUGGCAGCAUCAUUUCGGCUGUGGAUCCAGUUGCUGUAUUGGCGGUAUUUGAGGAAAUCCACAUUAAUGAGUUGCUGCAUAUCCUGGUGUUUGGGGAGUCCUUGCUUAAUGAUGCAGUCACUGUGGUCUUGUACCACUUGUUCGAAGAGUUUUCUGAAUUGGAUCAGGUCACAUUCCGUGAUAUCUCCCUGGGGUUCCUGAGUUUCUUAAUUGUUUCUUUUGGAGGGGUGUUUGUAGGAUUGGUGUAUGGCAUAAUUGCAGCCUUCACUUCACGCUUUACCUCCCACAUUCGUGUUAUCGAGCCCUUGUUUGUUUUUCUUUAUAGCUAUAUGGCCUACAUGUCUGCAGAGCUCUUCCAUCUCUCAGGAAUUAUGGCUCUUAUUUCCUCAGGGGUUGUAAUGCGACCUUAUGUAGAGGCUAAUAUUUCUCACAAGUCGCAUACCACGAUCAAGUAUUUCCUGAAGAUGUGGAGCAGUGUCAGUGAGACCUUAAUUUUCAUCUUUCUUGGCGUUUCCACUGUGGCUGGGCCCCAUUCUUGGAACUGGACCUAUGUGAUCAGUACACUCAUCUUCUGUCUGAUAGCACGUGUGCUGGGUGUGCUGAGUCUGACAUUUUUUAUUAACAAGUUCCGCAUAGUGAAGCUGACGCCCAAAGACCAGUUCAUAAUUGCAUAUGGUGGUUUGCGUGGUGCCAUUGCCUUCUCCCUGGGAUAUUUAUUGCACAGUAACAACAGGGAUAUGUUCCUCACUGCAAUAAUAACAGUCAUAUUCUUCACCGUCUUUGUGCAGGGUAUGACAAUUCGACCACUGGUGGAACUUUUAGCUGUGAAGAAGAAGCAGGAGAGUAAACGUUCUAUAAAUGAAGAGAUUCACACACAGUUCCUAGACCACCUUCUGACUGGAAUUGAAGACAUAUGUGGUCACUAUGGCCAUCAUCACUGGAAGGACAAGUUGAACCGUUUCAAUAAAACUUACGUGAAGAAGUGCCUUAUUGCAGGGGAGAGGUCCACGGAGCCUCAGCUCAUUGCUUUCUAUCAUAAAAUGGAGAUGAAACAGGCAAUUGAACUGGUAGAGAGUGGAGGCAUUGGAAAGAUCCCAUCUACUGUAUCUACUGUGUCCAUGCAAAAUAUUCAGCCUAAACAUAAGUCAUUAGACAGGAUUAUUCCAAACCUGUCUAAGGGGAAAGAGGAAGAAAUCCGGAAGAUUCUACGCACUAACUUGCAAAAGACACGUCAAAGACUCCGUUCAUACAACCGGCAUACAUUGGUUGCUGACCCAUAUGAAGAUGCCUGGAACCAGAUGUUACUAAGAAGACAAAAAGUUAAUCAGAUGGACCAUAAGGUGACAAAUUAUUUAACUGUUCCUGCACACAAGUUGGACUCUCCUACCCUCUCCAGAGCACGUGUGGGUUCAGACCCUGUUGCCUAUGAACCAAAGCCAGAUUCUAAGGAUCUCCCUGUGAUCACCAUUGAUCCAGCUUCACCGGAGUCUGUGGAUCUUGUGAAUGAAACACAGGAAGAAAACAAUGAUGAUGGUGGGAUUACUAUGGUAGCACGGGAGCCCCCAUCACCUGGAGCAGAUGAUGUUUUUGAUCCCACAGAGAGCCCUGAAAGCAAGCGCUUACAACGUUGUUUAAGUGAUCCUGGACCACCGCCUGAAGAGACCCAGCCUUUCCUGCCUAAAAAGGAAUGAUCCAUAUGUCCUUGAUAAUGGGCUUGAAUCAAAUUACAAUGAGAAAAAGGCAGUAGUCAUUGCAUCUGUUUUACACUCCUCAUAACCUCACCUUACUCCUCUAUUGUUUUCACCCUCUUGGUCAUCUAUUUAUUGUUUUCACACAUUAUCAUACAGUCUUUUUUUUCUCAUUGCCAUAUUUUUAUAUUAUGUUUUUUAUUUUAUAUUUCUAACCAAAGAAUUUUGAACUUGCUGUAUAUUUGUCAUAUGUAGUUUUUUAUUUUAUUGCUCUGUUUUAUUUACAUGGUGAUGGGUCUUAAGCUAUAGAUGUACUGAUUAAUUGUAUGUUAAAACAGAAAUCUGUUUUAUUUCAAGCACUGAACUGAUGUAACAAUAGCAGGCUACUUCUGUGUAGGCAUCCCGCAUGUCUGUUUGUGUUCUUAGGCACAGAUAUCUCAAUACUUUCUGUAUAAUUCCAUGAAGGAAUACUAAAGCUCGCUUGCUAGCCACAGGAUCUGUUCAUGUGAAUGUCAUUGCGCGCGCACACGUAUAAUCUUUAGACCCUGACACACCAGCACUUAAUAUCUAUACAAACCAUCAUGGUACUCCAGCUUUAAAGUCAUUGAGUCAAAUGCAUUCUUCCCCAGCCACCUUAUAUGAGUACAAGUCACGUUACUUCAUGCCACAUUUUACUAAGUGUAUCAGGCAUAUUGUACUUGCCAUAUUGUCACUAGAAUAGAUACAUAUAGUAUACGCUAAUCUUUGUAGGACAGACCAGAUUCCAAACAUUAGGGCAGGGGUUCCCAACAACGGUCUUCAAGGCACACAAACAGUCUCCACGUUUUAAGGAUACAUACUUGAGCACAGGUGAUUUGAUUAGUACCUCAAUCAUUUUGAUUUGACCAUCUGUGCUCAUGCAUGGAUGUCACUAAUACCUUGACUGUUAUAGCCCUUUUUCACCAAAAUCCCUGAUCUGAGCUGGUAUUUUGAACACUGGUCCAACCUGACUUCAGACCCAGUUUCAAGUUAUCGACCCAGGUUAUUCCCGGGUCAGCUCCGUUACCACUGAAUCCAGGUCAGCCCUGCAAAUCCCUAUGAAUGUCAAUAAAAAUGGACUAUUUCAGGCUGACAAAGAUGGUGUCACAAAAGGGUUGUGGCUGAGACUGGGUUUCUUUCUGCAGUUCAGAGGCUGUGGUCAGGCUGAGGGUCAGACUGCAGUUCUCCGUUUCCACUGCCACAUAACCAGGGUUCUAACCAUGUUCAACCAUGCUUGUUUCCAGGUAGAUCCAGCAAUCACCCAGGUUAUUUGGGCAGUAGAAAAGGAGUAUUCGUGUGCCUUGAGGGCUGAGAUUGGGAAACACUGCAUUAGGGUCAUCUAGAUGGUUUGGUCUUCAAAAUGCCAGUGAGUGUGCAGUCACAUUUGGGGAACAAAUGCUACUAAAGCAACACUGUUUCUACACUGUAGAUAACGAAUUAUUGUGCAAUAAAAGUGCUGGGUUUUCUGGCUGACUGUGGGAUGGGAGGUAUAGACAUAUGCAUGCUUCAUGUGCCUUUGCUCUGCACAUGUACAGGUAGGAGAAGUGUGUACAUGCACAGGUGUGCAGAGAUGCCUUUGCGUGCACAGUUCUGCCAGACAUGAUUGUUCUUUGCUGCCUCAUGUAUAAAGGUGAAUCGUUUUCUGGUAUCUGAGAGCUAUAGAAAACUUUUUUUAAUUUGGGAAUAAAUAAAUGUAUGGUUUUUAA